CGCUCGAUGAAAGUAACAUGAACGCCACCUGGUGAGGUGGCUUUGUCCCUAUCGAAACGGAAAUUCGUUCACUGCGUCCGUAUCUUUGGCUUUGUUCUUAAAUUCAUUAAAGAGUCCCUAUACACAUCAAGAUGGGUAGGGAGGACAAAGCAACCUGGAAAUCAAACUAUUUCCUUAAACUCAUUCAACUUUUGGAAGACUACCCAAAGUGUUUCAUUGUGGGCGCUGACAAUGUCGGUUCCAAACAAAUGCAACAAAUCCGUAUGUCGCUCCGCGGCAGCGCCGUCGUACUCAUGGGCAAGAACACCAUGAUGCGUAAGGCCAUCAAGGGACAUCUGGAAAGGAACAACUCCUUGGAGAAAUUGCUCCCGCACAUCAAGGGAAACGUGGGCUUCGUGUUCACCCGCAACGAUCUCGUCGAGAUCCGUGACAAGCUUCUCGAGAACAAAGUCCGCGCUCCAGCUCGUCCAGGUGCCAUCGCUCCGUUGUCCGUCAUCAUCCCAGCCCAAAACACCGGUUUGGGUCCUGAGAAGACCUCUUUCUUCCAGGCUCUGUCUAUCCCAACCAAGAUUUCCAAGGGAACAAUUGAAAUCAUCAACGAUGUGCACAUCUUGAAGCCUGGCGACAAGGUCGGAGCCUCCGAGGCUACCCUCCUCAACAUGUUGAACAUCUCUCCGUUCUCAUACGGUCUGCUCGUCGAGCAGGUCUACGAUUCCGGCACUCUGUUCGCUCCGGAGAUCUUGGACAUCAAGCCCGAGGAUCUCAGGGAGAAGUUCAUGGCUGGUGUCGCCAACUUGGCCUCCGUCUGUUUGUCCAUUGGAUACCCAACCACCGCUUCCACUCCACACAGCAUCGCCAACGGAUUCAAGAACUUGUUGGCCAUCGCCGCCGUCACCGACGUCGAGUUCAAGGAAGCCACCACCAUCAAGGAGUACAUCAAGGACCCCAGCAAAUUCGCCGCUACUCCAGCCCCGGCUGCCGCCGCUGCUUCUUCCGCUGCCGCUAAGCCAGCCAAGGAAGAGAAGAAGGAGGAGUCUGAGGAGGAAGAAGAUGAUGAUAUGGGUUUCGGUCUUUUCGAUUAAGUUCGCAGACUACGCGAUUUGUUGUUGUAACCAGACUGUCAUAACAAUAAACAUGAAGACAUAAUUUGA